UACUGUAGCAGGUAGCACUGCUACACAACCUGCCUGGGGCCGGGGUGGGGAUUCGUUCGUCCCGUUUCGUGGCAGGUACAUGGCAUGUAACAGUACAGGUCGGGUUUUUCGAGGCGCCAUACAUCGGAAAAUGUGCGAUUUUGGAAAGCUUUAGGGUGCUGGUAUGAAAGUCCAAACUCUGAGAAAUACGCCGGUAUGGGCGGGAUUCAUCACCAACACAUCAGCAAGACCCUGUGAACUUGAGUAAAGAUUACUGCAGUUGUAAAUCUCAGUGCCACAAUGCCCAAUAAAAAAGAGGACGCAGUGAAAAUCGUCUUGGUAGGAGAUGGCAGUGUGGGCAAAACGUGCCUCUGUAUCUCUUAUUACCAGGGCUAUUUUCCCCGUGAUUACAUUCCGGUGACUUUUGACUACUGGUCAUUUGAAACUGUGAUUGCUGGGAAGACUAUCACCCAUGCGCUUGUGGAUACAUCUAAAACGGGAGAAGAUUAUGAUCGCCUGCGGCCUCUGAACUAUCCACAUACUGACGUCUUUCUGAUGUGUUUCUCCGUGGAGCUUCGGUCUUCCUUUGAAAGCAUUGAAUCAAGAUGGCUGCCAGAGAUCCGCCAGUACAUGCCUGACACUCCCAUCAUUCUUGUGGCCACCAAAAUAGAUCUUCGUGGGAGCCCCCAGCAUAGUUGUAUCACAUUUGACGAAGGCUUGGAAUUGGCAAAGAAACAUAACUUGGCAUACAUUGAGACGAGUGCACUCCUUCACAAUAAUGAGAAAACGUACCAGAACCGGAUGCGUACCCCAGACUUCUUCAGUUGGUCCUAUCCUCUGAACCAUGAGGAAGUAGAUGCUUUCCACCUUUAUUUCUCUGUUCGGAGCAGAACUUCCCUGGCUAAUGUUCAAACAAGAUGGGUUCCAGAGAUUCGCCAUGCCAUGCCUGACGUUCCAAUCCUCCUGGUGGCAACAAACAUAGAUCCUCCUUGGAGUCCUCAUCGCACCCGUGUGGUUACAUACGAGGAGGGCUUGAAGAUGGCUCAGAAACUCAACGUGGAAUACACUGAGAUGACUGGGCAGCUGAACUUAAAUGCGGACGAAUGCUUCCAGAAAGCUGGUUACAUCGGUUGUGAAGCUAGGGUACCAAAGAAAAAGAAGGGUUUAUUUGGUUUCAGGGGGAGAAAGCUCAAGCCCCACCCACCACCUGAGCCUGAAGUUCCCCCAGUAGAUGAAGUCCCUCGGAUUGAAAUCCAAACCUCGACCAUCGCAGACGACUUUGGCAAGGCGUUGGAGCAGUCAGCUUUCUCUGACGUCGUCUUCAUCGUUGAAGAGAAGAGCAUCUUGGCUCACAAAGUGGUGCUGUGUAGUGCCUCCAACUUCUUCUGUCGUGUGUUUGGCCUGGACCCACCAGACCAGGAUACAUCCAGCCAUUCCUCAGUCUUGAACUUCACCUGGGAUGAUAUCAAUGAGGAUAGGAUUGCUGGCUUAGCUGGUAUUCUUGAUGAAGUGACCCCUGAUGGAAGUCUCCUUAAGAAAGCAAAGACCCAGGUGACGAUCAGUGCAGAUAUCUCUUACAAGACCUUUCGUCAAGUUUUGGAGUUCCUGUACACAGGCCUUCCCAGCAUCACAGAUGAGACCAGCACAGAGGACCUGGUGGCUUUACAGAAAGCAUCCAAUACAUUCUACUUGCCUCUGCUGGACAGCAUCGUCAAGAACCUACAGAAUGAUGGAAAGUUCCUGAAUCCUAGCAUUGGAACCUACCUGAAUGACCAGACAGGACAGAGGGCCAAGUGGUUGUUCCUGAACAAACAGACACUGUCUGAUAUCCGAUUCAAAGUUGAAGACACAACAGUCUAUGCUCACAAGGUGAUGCUGACAUCUCGCUGUUCGUUUAUGAGUGGAAUGUUUAGCGGAGGCUUCACAGAAAGCAGCCAAGAUGAGAUUAAAAUUGAACAUGUGAGUCUGGAGUGUUUCUUGGCCCUCCUGGAGUACCUGUACACUGACCACGCCCCUAUAGAGGAGGGUGAUGCUGUGGGGAUCCUUGUAGCUGCUGAUCGGUAUGGUCAAGAUCGACUGAGAAAUCUCUGUGAGCUGUACAUCACCAAGGGGGUAGAUGUGACAGACAAACAUGUGGAUGUCAUUGGACUGUUGCAUACAGCCCAGAUAUACAAUGCCAGCCAGCUUGCCCAGUGGUGCCUUGAUCUCAUUUCACGUAACUUUGUGACCUUCUAGCAGCGGGCGGAGUUUAAGAAGCUGGAGGGGGAGAACCUGAAAUAUGUCACUGAGAACCGCUGGCCUCCUGUGAGCUACCUGGAGGAGCUGGAGAAAUACAAGGCUCAAUGGGGGAAGAAAGGGGACAGAGUAUGAAAAGGGAAAGUGGAAUAGUUUGAGUGAUAUGCAGUCAGUGAGAAGGUGUCAAUAAAACCUUCCUCAAUGAAGAGGUUUGCCUCAGUUGCUUUAAAGCUGGCUUAAGAAUUGUAGAUAUAUAUAUUCCUUAUACUUUUAGGCGCAUGUUAUUCUAUAAUUUGAAAAGUAAUAUUUAGUAAUUUUUUGAAAAGUUAAUUUUUUGUUAAUUUUUGGAAAACUACAUAGUUGUUUUAUCACUAGAAGUGCAAUGACCUUUAGUUCUUUUAUUUGUACGGCUAUGGUGUAUUUUUGGAGGACAUUAUUUUUAUGUGCAUUUACUACUUUGUAUAUAAAAUCCACCCCUCCAAGGAAUUAGCUGGAGUUGUCUCCGAAGUGUUGGUGAUUUUAAUUUCUGUAAAACAAGUUCUGUGUAGACACUAUAAACAUUUAACAAAAGAACGACGGUGCCCUGACAAUGAGCAUCCGGCCAUUGUUGCUGCACUGUGCUUCUUUUGUUAGUGUUUUUGUUGUUUGUUAGUGUCCGUAGUGAGAGGGCAGGCAAAAUGUCCCUCCUCCCCGUUCUGGAUACCGGGUCAGUUGAUAUCUGAUGCAUAUUGACCAAUUGGAAAGUUUAGGGGGCGUUAAUUUGCUCCUGUAUAUUGGGAAGUUUGAAAACGCUCAAUAAUGAACUGAGCCUUGAUGUAAAUGACUUGGGGAAAGAACCCAAAGUCUCCCUUGUCAAGUGUCCAAGUGAUGUAUUUAUUGUUUCCAUACUUUUUGUGCAAUUAUACUGUUUUAUACAUGAUUACUAUCUAAGCCCGUUUUGGGUUUGAGUCUGAUAAAAAGUGCCUUUUAUAAGUACCAAGGCUGGUUGUCGUCUUCUGGACAAAAUCAG